UCAGGCCUCCAGGUUGCGACCAUGAAUUCCGUGUCCUUUUGUCGGAGACAAAACGUCUACCCCUCUCUCCUCUCUUCGUCGCGCUUCUACUUGUCAUGAUAGACAGGUUCUCUCGCAUUGUCGUCUCCAGCAGAUUCUUGAUGCUAUCAGCCUGUCGCCGCGAACCAAUCAGACGGACCUCCGUUCCCUUAUCGUCAUCUCAGAGUCGCAUAGCAGUACUUUCGGCCAGCAAAUUGCAACCCGCAACUCGCCCAGCAUGAGUUACUCAACGUGUGAGAAAGUGUCACUCGAGUGCCCCGUCGAGGCGACCACCUACGGCUACUACCCGAAUCUAGGCGGCAACAUCUUCUUCACCGUGUUCUUCGGCAUCCUAGGCGUUUUCCAGCUCGGCUUCGGCAUCUACUUCCGCGCCUGGACCCUGACGAUUGCGAUGGUCAUCGGCGCCUUCAUGGAGCUAGCGGGAUACAUCGGUCGGAUACAAAUGCACUACAACCCCUGGAACGAAGGCGCCUUCAAGCUGCAGAUCGUCUGCCUGGUGCUGGCGCCCACGUUUGUCGCGGCGGGCAUCUACCUCACGCUCAAGCACAUCGUGCUCUCGCUCGGGCCGCAGUACUCGCGCCUCAAGCCGCGCCUGUUCACCUGGAUCUUCAUCAGCUGCGACAUCGGGUCCCUGGUGCUCCAGGCUGCGGGUGGCGGUGUCGCGGCCGCGGCCGGGAAGACCGACCAGACGCUGCUGCAGAUCGGUGACGAUAUCAUCAUCGCCGGUAUCGCGUUCCAGGUGGCGACGAUGUCGGUGUGCGGGCUGAUCGCGCUGGAGUUUUUCGUUCGGGUGAUCCGCCACGGGCCGGGGUUGAACGGGGAUAUGAGUGUCGAUGGCACGAGGCAUAAUAUUCGGCUGGUGAUCUAUGCGGAGAUCUUUGCGUAUUUCACCGUGUUGAUUCGGUGUAUUUAUCGUAUCCCCGAGAUGGCCGGCGGAUGGGGCAACCCCCUGAUGCAAAAGGAAGACGAAUUCCUGGUCCUGGAAGGAAUGAUGAUUGCCUUGGGCCUCUGUGCCCUGACGGUCAUCUAUCCCGCCUUCAUCCUCCCGUCUAUGCGGAAGGGAUUGAAGAAGGAGAAGGCAUAGAGCGUGGCCGAUAUACACAACUUAGUACCGAUACUGAUAUAUAUACCCUGAAGAGAAGUAUGCAGAUACAGAUACCGACAUAGAUACCCAGAAUAGGAGUUUGGCUAUUUUCAUCAUACUACAUAUACUAUAGAAUGUUGAAGCA